GCAUUUUCACGACGCCAUUUUAUAUUUGUUCUUUCAAGUGUCGUGUAUAGAUUUUAAAGAGUUGAUAUAAUUUCCUACAUAUUUGGGAUAAAUAUAUUUCUAUCUUAACUAAAAGACAAAAAUGAGUGGAGGUGGAAAUAAUUCUGCAAGGCCUCCGCCGAGAAUUGAUGGCAUGAUAUCCCUUAAGGUGGAUAAUUUAACAUAUCGCACUACACCUGAAGAUUUGAGACGUGUAUUUGAAAGAUGCGGCGAGGUUGGUGACAUCUACAUACCCCGCGAUCGAUAUACCCGUGAAAGCCGUGGUUUUGCAUUUGUUAGGUUUUAUGAUAAACGCGAUGCAGAGGACGCACUAGAGGCUAUGGAUGGUCGUAUGUUAGACGGCAGGGAGCUACGCGUACAGAUGGCUCGUUAUGGUCGUCCAACUUCACCAACACGACGAACUAAUAACAGACGUGGCGGUGGUGGAGGUAGACGACGUUCUCGUUCACCUGUACGUAGGCGCUCUCGCAGUCCACGUCGUCGCUCGUAUUCGCCUAGAUCAAGGUCACGUUCUGCAGGUAGUCGAUCACCAGUACGACGCAGUAAAUUUUCACGAAGUCCAGUUGGUCGUAAAUCUUUGAGUCGUAGCCAAAGUCGUAAUGGUGCGCCAGGACGUAGCAUCUCGCGCAGUCGAAGCCGUUCGUAAAUAUUGUCGGAAAAAUAUUGAUUCAAUAAAUCAGAAUCCCCAAAAGAGCCACCAGUAUGCAUUAAAAAAUACUUUCAAACGUUGAUUAGUGGCGUAUACAUAUAUGAGUUUAGAGCUGCUAACUCAACAGGUAUAACUUAUAAAUAUAUCAAAAGUAGUCCUUCAAAUCAAAACAAAAAUGAAUGAAAAUCAAGAAAAAACAACCUUGCCUUUCAACUUUCGUAAUUUUGGUGUUUUUGCUCGCAUAAAGCACUUACAUUCACAUUUCCACAUAACACUUCCAAAUAAUGUUACAUAACAUACUACAUAGAAAUGCAAAAACUUGUCGAUUAUUCAGACUAAAACGUUGAAUAUAUGAAAUAUAUUUACAUAAUUAUUGGAAGAAUUCAAUGUUACUAAUUUGUGAAAGAAUGAAGGAAGGUUACAUUUAGUUUAGAAAGCUAUUUUUUUUAUUUGUUUAUUAUCCAUAAAUUGGAAAUUAAGGUAUAGUUUUAUAUAACACUCACUAAGAAGGAGUGUAAGGGGCCAAUAUAGUUUAAAUAUUUAUUUUUUCUUUUUGCAAAAUUAUUUACUCUUCUAUGUAAACUGAAAGUAAUCAGAAUCUAUUGUAAGUUUUAUAAAAAAAAAAGAAAUAAAUGUAUUAAAAAUAA